CCGGAAAAAACGCAGGAGCAAUUGACAACACCUGUUCUUUAUGACAAAAAGGUCGAUCCGAAUGCUGCUCAGGGGAAUACAGAAAAAUCCUCUGGAGUUGCAGAAAGUGGCGAUGCAGCUGAUGUUGCGGUUGCAGAGGAGAUACCUGUAGAUGUUGGUGGCGAGCGUGCGUUCCUGGCCCAAGUGACUCUUGACGAUCGUGAACAGAACUACGGAAAUAAGAACUCUGAAAAAGAAGACAAUGGUAGUCCUGAAGCUGGAAACGAGAAUGAAGGAGAAACUACAGAAGUAGGAAAGGGAAAAGCCGGUGUUGAAGAAGUUGCUCGUGACGAAAAGAACGAACAAGAGGUGGGGCUGCCGCUGCUUGGAAUUCGCUCGUCCAGUGUUACCAGGAGAUCUAACCGUGCAUCGAUUAUUCCACCUGAUUUCACGGGAUUCAAAUCAGUAGCGCAGAUCGAGAUGGUUGUAUCCGCUUUAGAGGACUUGGAGGAUGUCUUUGCGAAUCUACACAUCCAAGCAGCUGCAACAGAAGAAAUUCGUCGUAAAUCUUCUAAGGUUGACAUCGCGGCCCCGCUUCCGGAGGACCUUAGACUUUCUACGACAGAGGAACAAAGCGGCUGCGAAAGCAAGAAAACCACGCCGCGAGCUCAACAUGUCGCGUUCCCGGAACAGAGGCUGUCUCUCGAAGAAGAAGUAGGAACGGUUCCGGCUGAGGAUGCAGAGGCAGAUGUUGAUGGACCGAUGGAGCCGCCUGGUAUAACACUUGUGGAAGUCAAAACUGAAGCGAACGACAUGACUGGUGUGAAGGUUAAUACAGAGGCAGGAAUUACUGCGGAAACGGAAGCAAACGACAGGAUCGGGGAGAGAAUUGAAAUCCUGAAUGUGGAUACUGCUGAAGUUGGUGAAAAUGCAACAGGCGCCGAAACUACAAAAGUGGGAGAAGAACCGCAAAAGAAGAAUAGCAAAAAGCUUGAAAAGAGCGACGUUGUUGAAGAGGCCGGGAGAAGCAUAGAGAGUUCUCGUCCACCUAGAAUCCAGGCGGAAUCAGAAGAAUCGGACGUUCUUGACGUCGUAGCCGAUGGCGGCGAAGCACUUGCGGACAGCCCCAGCUCUGUAGCUGGACGGGAGUCCUCAGGGCGCCAAAGGAAUCCUAGUACUACAGGAGCGAGAAAGAGAUCGAUGAGGGAUCUGGCGUCCAUAAAAAAAGAAAUCCAAGGGACUUACGGAGAUCUACAUUCCCAGCACAGUCGACCAGGAACAACAAGGCAUGCGACUCAGCCCUCGUCUGCUGAUGCAAACGCAGUUGUAAUGUUUCGCUUUUCUCCACGCGGAGGGCGAGGCGGAAUCAGGCAGAAUGCUUCUUUCUCGUCGUCAUUACUGCGCAAAACCGACAUUGAUAUCGAUUCGCUUCUAGAAGACGACCACCCAUCUUUUGCCAAUGAGAUGUCCACUAGCAAUGAGCAGAGGCGUUCCUCUUUCUCCCUGGCGAAUGUUGUUGAUGGAGAUGGAAGAAGUACAAAAGAAAGCAGAGGAUCUACUUCUACUGCUGUAACCGCGUGGGACGCAGUAAAUAUGCCAACUGCUCGCUCCGAUGGCACAGCAUUUCGUGAAGAAACUGGUGGUGGAGGGAGAAGAAGUAGCGUUAACAGAAAUGACCAGCUCCAGGAAGGCCAGAGCCGUCGAAGCCUCUCAGCGGAUGCGACUAGAAAAAGCAGACGAGUGAGGGCUUCUGAUGUUAUCGGAAUCCCAACUGCAGCUGGCUCUUCGCUAAGAGGCUACCGCAACCAGAGCAAUGCUCUCAUGAUAGACACGGCGCCCACUCCCGACGAAGGCGAAGUGAAGAAGCGAUGGCAAACGUCCAUUGCCGAUGCCCUGUGCGGCAUAUGGGACAGUUCUGGCGAUUCCAGGGUAAACAAGCUAGAGGAUGAGAGAAUGGC